AGAUUCAAAUGAUGUUCCCUUCAGUGCAUCUGAAGCCGUUUCUGAAUCAUUUGAUGUCAAUAAAAUGCAUGUUUUUCCGGGAUCCACUAUGUACUGCACACCGGAUUGUGACCCUGCUUUUAAACCGUGUGUUGGUAAAAGUAGUCAAAAAAGGGCUCGUGAUGGCACUAUUGUUUGGAAACAUAUGGUAUGUAAUAGGCAGGGCUUCAAAAAUGUAUCUAAAUUGAAGACGGUUGCACCUAACAGUGAAUCCUGCAAGAAUGUUGAUUUAGAUAAUCAGUUUAGUGGUGAAAAUGAAGAGUUCACUACUUAAAAUGAGUCAUGUGAAUCUGAAAAUGAAGACCAAACUCACGUUGAAGAUUUACCAACUCCGGGCGUAUGCGUUGAUGACGAGGAGAAAAAAAGACGUACAGUUUCUAAUAGGUGUGAUUGCAAAGCACGUGCGGUUUUUAGGCUUGCAGGCAUGGAUGGAUAUAAAAUUACAUUCUUAAGGAGAGGCACAAUCAUUGUAUGUCUUCUCCCUCUUCUAUGCCGUU